UUGUUUUAAUAUCAUUUUACACCAAACGUUUACAGGAUCUAAUGGUCGGCGAUGAAGCAUCUCAAUUGCGUUCCUUACUAGAGGUGUCCUAUCCUAUGGAAAAUGGUGUUGUACGUAACUGGGAAGAUAUGUGUCACGUAUGGGAUUACACUUUUGGACCCAAAAAAAUGAACAUCGAUCCAACAAAUACAAAAAUUUUACUGACAGAACCGCCAAUGAAUCCGACUAAAAAUCGAGAAAAAAUGAUUGAAGUUAUGUUUGAAAAAUAUGGUUUCGAUUCAACCUAUAUAGCUAUACAAGCAGUGCUAACAUUAUAUGCGCAAGGUCUGAUAUCCGGUGUUGUUAUAGAUUCCGGUGAUGGUGUUACACAUAUAUGUCCCGUUUAUGAAGAGUUUGCACUGCCGCAUUUGACAAGACGUUUGGAUAUUGCUGGACGUGAUAUCACACGGUAUCUAAUUAAGUUACUUUUAUUACGUGGUUAUGCUUUUAAUCAUUCCGCUGAUUUUGAGACUGUACGUAUGAUGAAAGAGAAACUAUGUUAUAUUGGUUAUGAUAUUGAAAUGGAACAGAGAUUAGCGUUAGAAACAACAGUUUUAGUGGAAUCAUAUACGCUGCCGGAUGGUCGUAUAAUUAAAGUUGGUGGUGAACGUUUCGAGGCGCCAGAAGCCUUAUUCCAACCGCAUUUAAUUAAUGUUGAAGGGCAAGGUAUUGCUGAGUUAGUGUUUAACACAAUACAAGCAGCUGAUAUUGAUAUGCGUCCAGAAUUAUAUAAGCAUAUAGUACUUUCCGGUGGCUCAACUAUGUAUCCAGGUCUUCCUAGUCGUUUAGAGCGUGAAAUUAAACAAUUAUAUUUGGAGCGUGUGCUGAAGAAUGAUAUUGAUAAACUAGCGAAAUUCAAAAUACGCAUUGAAGAUCCACCAAGAAGAAAGGACAUGGUAUUCAUUGGUGGUGCUGUGCUGGCUGAAGUAACAAAAGAUCGUGAUGCAUUUUGGAUGUCGAAGCAGGAAUAUCAAGAGCAAGGAUUAAAAGUAUUACAGAAGUUAACGAAAAUUACGCAGUAGUGG